AUGCACUAUGGCUCACAAAAUGGUAUUGAAGCUCUAAACAGAUUGCUCAAAGAUAUUAGAGGUUGCGACCGAAUUAUGGGAGGAGUAAUUGUUCUCUUGGCCGGUGAUUUUAGACAAACUUUGCCUGUUGUGCCACGAGGAACACGUGCAGAUGAAGUUAAAGCCUGUAUUAAGUCAUCAAUUUUAUGGCCUUCGGUCAAAGUUUUAUCUUUGACUAUCAAUAUGCGUGUUCAUCUUCAGCCAAAUUCGAAAGCAGAAGAGUUUUCAAAAAUACUGAUUGAUAUAGGUGAUGGCCAAAUUCCGGAAGAAGACGGAAGAAUAAACGUGUCCUAUAUUAAUUGUGAAACUGUCCCAGAUUUAAUCACCUUGACUGACAAAAUAUACCCGAAUAUUGACAAAGCUGGCGAUAAUUGUAGUUCAUGGUUAAAGGAGAGAGCCAUCCUCACACCAACCAAUGAACAAGUCAAUUGUAUUAACAACUUUUUGCUGGAGAAACUGCCAACUGAGCAAGUAACAUAUGAAUCGGUGGACAAAGUACUGGAGGAUGAAGAAGCUGUCCACUAUCCUGUUGAAUUCUUACACACACUCAAUCCACCAGGGAUACCACCUCAUGUUCUUCAACUCAAGAUUGGCACUCCAAUAAUGUUGCUCCGCAAUUUAAAUCCGCCAAAAUUAUGUAAUGGUACCAGGCUUCAAGUUAAGGUCUUACACAAAAAUGUCAUUGAAGCCAUGAUUUUCACCGGAAAAUAUGAAGGAGAAACUGUAUUCAUUCCAAGGAUCCCUCUGAUUCCAUCAGAUUACCACUUCGAAUUUAAACGUCUGCAAUUUCCUGUCAAAGUUUGUUAUGCCAUGACGAUUAACAAGGCACAAGGGCAGAGUUUAAAGAUGACUGGUAUUGAUUUAAAAGAAAUGACUGUUUCUCUCAUGGCCAACCAUACGUGGCAUGCUCAAGAGUAA